GUCGCCAGCUGUCAGCGCAGAAGAAGAACAAGUGGCGCAACAAUGGCGGAUAUUUUCCUCUACAGACAGUCCAGGGUUUUAUUCAGUGCUGUAGUUGACAUUGUGUGUAGUCUAAUGUCAUAGCUAGCUUUAUAAGGUCUGUCUGUCGUACAGAGGACACAUCUGUGUCUGUGUUGGUGGCGUCACACCCAGCAUCAGUCUCAUUUUGACAAACAGCAGGAGCCGACCGAGUCGCUUCGCUUCAUUGUUUGUUUUCUUCCAGUCCUUGCGUCUACUUUUGACUGUUGAGGAUGCCACUGGGGCUGAAACCGAGCUGCGCCGUCUGCAAGACAAACUCUUCUUCGAUGUGGAAGAAAGGAAACCAAGGGGAGAUCCUUUGUAACAACUGCACAGGGAAGAGCAGCAUCGGCGGAGCAUCAGGACCCUCCAUCUCCUCCACCACUCAGCCCAGCAAUGGCGGGGGCAAGCAGUCUAAGCAGGAGAUCCAUAGGAGGUCUGCAAGGUUAAGAAGCACCAAGUACAAAGCUCCUGCCUCUGAGAAGAAAGUGUCAACAAAGGGAAAGGGAAGAAGACACAUAUUUAAGUUAAAGAAUCCAAUCAAAGCUCCUGAAUCAGUUGCAACAAUCAUAACAUCUGAAUCUGUAUUUUAUAAGGGUGUGUAUUACCAGACCGGUGAUGUGAUCCAAGUAAUUGAUGAAGACGAUGGGAAGCCUUAUUAUGCUCAAAUUAGGGGCUUCGUACAAGACCAGUACUGUGAGAAAAGUGCAGCUUUGACCUGGUUAAUCCCAACCCAGGCCAGCCCAAAGGACCAGUUUGAUCCCAGCACAUACAUACUGGGUCCAGAAGAAGAUUUGCCUAGAAAAAUGGAGUACCUGGAGUUUGUGUGUCAUGCUCCCUCAGAAUAUUUCAAGUCACGCAGCUCUCCGUUUCCCACCAUCCCUAUUCGACCAGAAAAAGGAUACAUCUGGACUCACAUAGGACCCACACCAGCCCUCACUGUCAAAGAGUCUGUGGCUGGCAGCAGUUAACAGGACUAUGUGGACUUCGUCUGUUGCUUUCAAACAUAAGACAUUUGUACAUUAUUGUAAUAUAGUCAAAACAACUAUGGUUGUUAACCAUGACCAUUACUUCAAAUGGAGGAUAAACUGUAAUUUGAUACACGUGUAACUACAUUUCAAACUAAUAGUUACACACUUUCAGCAUUGGAAUUCUACUUUUGUAUUUAAUAAUAAAGAAAAAAAACAUCUUCACCAUG